AUGUCGGAUAAGCAAAGGCAACGGAUCCUGUAUAACACUUUGAAGCAGAAGUACGAGGGUCUGGGGAACGAGAAUACGACGCGGGAGGAAUGGCUGACGCAGGUAGUCCGUGAUUCGUGUGCCUCGAUAGUGUUGCACUCUGGACUGCUAGAGUACCAGUCUCUCGGGCCUGAUUCACAGUCUAAACACAGGGAACGACUGCGGCUACUCCACAAGAUGGCUGAUCCAGAGAUCAAGCCGCAGUAA